ACAGUAAUUGCGAUAAGAUAUAAAAAUGGCGAGCUUAACUCAACAAUUGAGUUUUCUACCAGCUAACCGUUCUUAACGAAGGAAAGCUUUAAAUGAGUGGGUAGAAGAAUACAAUCUAAUCAAUUUACAAUUUAAAAGCUUUAUUUAAAACUGAGAAAACUUUCAGUUUAGUGAGUUAUACGUGAAGUAAAUUAAUUCAACAACAAAGCGCAGUAAGCUUUAGCUUUCAACUUUGUCAAUAGAUGGCGUUACUAUGAAAUAAUCUAACGUUUUGCGCAUGAGGAGAUAAGGGUCAAUCUGAACUGAAAUGAUUUAAUUAUUUUAAUUAUCAAAAAUUAACUAAACCUGCAUAUUUAAAAAAAAUAAUUAAAUAAGUGUUGCAUGAUAUUAUUGAUAUUAAAUUAGUUUUUGUUUUUUCCUAAAUUUAUUCAAUCUACCUACAUUGUUACAUAAAUGCAUGGAAGAUUGUUUGCCUAAAUGGGUUUCAUAAAAUGUGGCCUCAAAGACGCAUACAAUUUAACGAAAGCUGGGAAAGAAAAAAGGAUUAUUUGAUUCGGAGUCUCUUUGAAGAUGUCCCACUUCUGUCACCAGUUCAAGAAGCUGAAGAAUCAGUGUCUGAUGAUUCAUCAGACUUGGGACUGUGGAAUCCAGUGGAUGAGGUAAAAGACUCGCGCCCGUACAGUCCCCUGCCUCCGUUGAUAAUUGAGAGAGUACCCAACUAUCACGAUGAGACUGAAGAGUAUUAUAAGGAGCUCGAGAUUAAAAUGAAAAAGCUGUACAGAAAACUGUUCGUUGAGGGACGCAACGAAAGCUCUGUGGAUAGCGGUGAUGAUUCUAAGAAUAUAAGCCCAAGUAGAGCUUCAUCGGAGUAUUCUACCGACGCUGUGAGCACUCAAGGCUCCGGCAGUACUUCCAAUAACGGUGAAGAGACCGAGAACCAAACGAAAUCAACCAUUGAACUUGACAAUCAAACUAAUGACGAUUUUGAUACAAUUAUAGAGAAUAACAACUGUGCAAUCAUUAAUGGAAGUAAUUCAAGUGAUGGAACUAGUCGAAGCGGACAUGACAGAUUAAUCACGAGCGACAGUGACGUUGUCAUUUUAAAAGACAAUCUAGAUGCCGGUGACAGUGGAAAGUCUUCGAAGAGUAAUUCGGGAUGUUUCAGAAGAAUAACGAUAGAAGCGGAAAUACACAGGGAACCGGAUAGCAUUUCGGAGACUGUGAAAUUGAGCCCUGAGAACACUCUAAGCAGUCACGUCAGAAAUGAGAAAGUUAGCGUGGAAGAAUAUAUGGAUUCACCCGACAACGACAGUCCAGUAAGCCCGGAGAUUAAUUCCAAUGAUGGAAUAGAGAUUAUGAGGUCGGCACAGAUUAUAUCGGCACAUGAAUUUGAAAGUAAACCACCCAGCCACUCUUACGACUACAGUAGCGCAAGUGACGAGAGCGGCCCGUAUCGUGAAUUUGAACAUGAAAUCAGCGAGGAGCUAAACAUAUCAGAUAUUGGUGCCCGGAUAACUGAUUUUGAUAGGAUCAUGCAAACAUCCACUCCUAAUCACAGGAAGCGACGGGAAAGUUUCAUUUUCCAGUUAAGCAACCCCGUGAUUCCGGUGAAGAAGCACAAAAACGCCGCUGUACAAGUCAACGAGGAAAACUAUUGGAGUUUAUUAAGCGAUCGUUUCUUCGUAGGCAAACCUAAAAUAUUUAGGUUAUGUUCGUGCGUUAAUCAUUUUUGUGAUUGUUAAAAUAUUGGUUUUUCUAAAUCGCAUCUGAUUAAAUUUGUUACAUAAA